AUGGUUUUCAGAGCUAAUUCCAUCAACCACACCCCUUCCUUCCCCAAUCCAACAAAAACCCACUUCCUCUCUCCCCAAAACCUCCUACAUUUCUACAAGAAAACCCCACUCAAAAACCACAUUGGAGAGUUCUCAAGCUCAUCACCAGGCCCAGUAGUGGUGGGGUUGGCAGCAGACUCCGGGUGUGGGAAGACCACCUUCAUGAAGAGACUCACAAGUGUCUUUGGAGGAGCACCAAAAGCUGAUCAUAAUCAUCAAAACCCAGACUCCAACACUCUCAUCACCGACACCACAACCGUGAUCUGCUUGGAUGAUUACCAUUUGCUUGACAGAAAGGAGAGGAAAGCGAAGGGUGUGACUGCACUUCACCCAAGAGCCAACAACUUUGAUCUCAUGUUUGAACAGAUCGAAGCUCUCAAACAUGGUUUCCCUAUUGAGAAGCCCAUCUACAACCAUGCCACUGGCCUCUUAGAUCCUCCUGAACUCAUUCAUCCUCCUAAGAUCCUAGUACUUGAGGGAUUGCACCCACUGUACGAUUCUCGAAUGAGAGACCUUUUGGACUUCAGCAUAUACUUGGACAUCAGCAAUGAAGUCAAAUUUUCCUGGAAAAUUCAGAGAGACAUGGCAGAACGUGGGCACAGCCUAGAAAGUGUUAGAGCUAGUAUUCAAGCCCGUAAAUCCGAUUUUGAUGCUUACAUUGAACCCCAAAAGCAAUAUGCAUCGGUAGUCAUGGAAGUCCUUCCCACGCAGCUCAUUCCCGACGACACCGAGAGGAAGGUCUUGAGGGUUCGACUGAUAAUGAAAGAAUCCGGGGUCAAGAACUUCCAACCAAUCUACAUUUUCGACGAGGGCUCGACCAUUUCUUGGGUGCCAUGCGGAAGAAAACUCACCUGCUCGUAUCCUGGCAUCAAGUUCUUCUGUGGCCCCGAAGCUUACUUUGAAAACGAGGUGACGGUGUUGGAGAUGGAUGGGGAAUUCGACAAGCUGGAGGAGCUGGUGUAUGUUGAAGGGCAUCUGUGCAACGUCUCGACAAAGUUCUAUGGAGAAGUUACGCAACAGAUGUUGAAGAACUGUGAUUUUGAGGGAAGUAACAAUGGCACUGGUUUCUUCCAGACGUUGAUCGCCUUAAAGAUUCGAGAUCUUUACGAGCAGGUCGCCAUGAGUAAUGGUGUUGGCGAUGGUGUUGGAGUUGGCUCACUGGCAUCGACUAAGGCGUGGUUGCGGCGGGAGGAGGGAGAUUUGCAAUUGUCGGUCGUGGGGGAACUUCCAGUUGGUGUCGUCGGGGGGAGCUGGUGUCGCGGUGAAGAAGGCUCACAGCCGGUGUCAGGGUGCAAAGGAGGCCUUACACAGGGGGUAGUUGCGGCGAGAGGAGGGGGAUGGGGGGGGAGGCCUUACAUAGGGCGUGGUUGCGGCGGGAGGAGGGAGAUUUGCAAUUGUCGGUCGUGGGGGAACUUCCAGUUGGUGUCGUCGGGGGGAGCUGGUGUCGCGGUGAAGAAGGCUCACAGCCGGUGUCAGGGUGCAAAGGAGGCCUUACACAGGGGGUAG